AUGAAAAAUCUGAAACCUGAAGAUAAUUAUAGUAACAGUUUAGAUAGAGAAUUAAGAGCAGAGUAAAAUGAAGACUUUGAACAAUAGUACUUGGAAUAUUGUCUUAAGGAAUCAAGACCUAGUAGUGUUUUUCAAAAUGGCAUGUUCUCAUUAAGUAGAACUGAUAAAACUCCUGAUAUAACAUAUACACCUAAACCUGAAUAAGAUUUUCUCUAAAAUGAUGCAAUUUCAUUAUCUGAGAUGUAGACAUAAAUCAAUAGAUCAUCAAAAGAUACAGGUUCAAGUCUUAUGACUUUUUUUUUUAUACGGAGGUUCUUAGAAAAAGUUGGAUAAAAAAGACGAUAAUUGGAGACCUUAAAUUAUUGUAUUUUAAAUUUAAUUAGUGAUAAAGCAUCUGAAAAGUAUCGUUUACAAUAUACAUAGUUCAAAUGUGAUUGCUUAUGCCAAGUAGUUUAAGCGUAAAGAACUUUCUUUUAUAUCAGUAUAAAGAAUAUUGACUAAAUAAAUUAUUAAAAAACGAGUAUUUGAGGAAUUGAAGGAAACUCUUCAAUAAAUAAAAACAUAAUUUUUUAAGUACUUAUUGUUGAUAAUCUCCUGCAUACCAUUAAUUCAACCAGAAAGUAUGUUUAAGAUGUAUUGGGACUUUUUUGUUACAUUUAUUAGAGGAAUAUUAGUAUUUUUAGUACCCCUAGAAAUUUCAUUUAAUUCAAAAAUUUUAGUAUCUGAAGAUAGGAUAUUUUCAACUCUAAUGUUUAUAAUAUUAUAAUUAGAUUAUAUUGUUAAUAUAAAUACAAUUACAUAUAAAACAGGCAAAGCCAUAGUAGAUCGUUGGGAAAUAAUCAAAUUAUAAACAAAUAGAUCUAUUUUAAUUGAUCAAUGCAUAACUUUUAUUUUGAUAAUCAAUAACUAUUUACCUUCAGGAGAUUAUGAUUUAAUUUUGAUUCUCCUUUUAAGUUAAUUAAAAUAUGUCUAUGAAUCCUUUUUAAAAGUAGAUUAAAUCUCAUAUCUCACUAGACCUUAAAGAGGCAGAAUAGGUCUGAUAAAGUUUUUAGUAUCUUUAAUAUACAUAGCUCAUUUAUUCAGUUGCAUAUGGUUUUGGUUUAGUAGUAUAGAUGACGAGGAUUCUUGGAUUAUCUCCAAAAGAUUAGGAAAUCUUAGAUGGUCAUCUUAAUAUUUGGAAGCAUUUUAUUUUGCAAUAGUUACAAUGUUAACAAUUGGAUAUGGAGACAAUGUUCCUUAAAAUUAAAUAGAGAAAAUUGUUACUAUAAUUUUUAUUUUGUGUGCUUGUUUAUGGUUUUCUUAUAGUGUUAAUUUUAUUGGGGGCAUAAUUGAUGAUAUUACUUAAAAUUAAGUAGAGAGAAAUAAAAAGAUGAGAGUGAUAAACAAAUAUAUGAGAGAACGUGAGAUUCCUUUUGCUUUAUAAUAUUAGUAUAUGAAAUCAUUAAUUAAAUUAUAGAAUCAAAGAAUAUUUGACAUAUAGAUGGAAAGAAGAUGAUGAAGUAGAUUUGGAAAUGGAAUAAACAUUAUUGGGCUAAUUGUCAGAUGAAUUAAAAGAAGAAUUAGAUAAAUAAGCAUAUAAAAUAUUUAUAUUGAAAUGUGAAUUUUUAUAGAAAUAUUUCAGUGCUGAAUUUCGUAAUGCUCUUUUUAAAUCAAUCAAAAGAAAAAUUAUACCACCUUAAAAUACAUUUUCUAUUGAAUUUAAUGGAGAAUAUAAUUUAUGUUAUAUUGAAUAAGGAAUACUAUUAUAUUAACAUUAAGAUGGAAAACAAAGAUCUAAGAUUAAUUCUCAUAUAAGUCAUGGAAGAUUUAUAUGUGUCAAAGAGUUUUUAUUACAUAGUUAAGAUAGAGAAUUAUUUAAAGCUGCUGGAUAUGUUAGUUUAUUAAUGUUAUCAAAAUCAGAUUUUUUGGAAACUUUGAAAGAUUUUCCAGAAGAUUUCUAAAAAUACUGUUAAUUAAGAGAUUAAUUAAUUCUCAAUUUAGAUUAAUAACUUAUAAAAGAAGGUUAAUUUUGUCCUGUCUGUAAUAAAACUGAUCAUCAAUUAAAUCAAUGUCCUUAAGUGUAAUUGAUUCCAAAUAAAGAAUUAGUACUUAAAAGACAUGCUUAUAAUAUAAUAUAAGAGAGAAGAUAUCAUAAACGAAGAAUUAUUGAGAAACCAAUAAUGACAAGAGCAGAAAUGUUAUUUGUUUAAGAAUGUGCUAGGAUAUUUGCUUUAGAUAAUCCUUAACUUAUAUAAAAUUAAUAAAAAUGUCAACAUAUUAUUGAGUAAGAACCUGAACCAAAUAUAAUUUUACUAGGCAAUGAAGAUUAAUAUCCUUCUGUUAAAGUAUUUCCUGUAUCUGAAGAAUUUCUUGUUACUUCCAGUCAUCAGAGAGCAGUGAAAUGCAUUGAUUUAGAAGUUUAAUCUGAUGUUAGAAUAGAAAAAUAAAGUAAAUUUACUUAAAAGUAUAAUUAAAAAAGAAUUUAUAAAGUAGGAUCUAUUUAUGAUCAUAAAUUUUUAAGAUAGAAUACAAAGAGUCCAUCAUUAUUAUCUAAUUUAAAUGAACCAUCAAUUGAAUCUUAUCCAAAUGAGGCAAUUACCAAUAAUGAAGUUGAUGAAUAUAGAAAUCAAAUUAAGGAUUUUGAAUAAAUGCAUGCAGAAAACAUUAAAAUAAUUUAUAAUUAGAUGUAAAAGUUUAUUGAUGAUCCAUAACUUGUUAAACAAAUAAAGGAAAUAACAUAUCUUUAUAUUCAAUUAUAUAAUGAAUCUGAAUAAAAUUUAGAUUAAAUUUAUAACUAUGAUUAUUAUUUUCCUUCGCAUAAUAUCACUUAAAUAAUAGAGUAGAUAAAUAAAAAUAAAUAAAGUUGGCAACAAUUAAUUUUAAAUAGAUUUUAAUUGUAUAUGUUUUAUCCAUUUUAAUUUAUACUUAAAUUUUUGAAAUAUAAAAGAACUAAAGCAUAUGUUUCAAUAAUAAACAAAUUUGAAACCAUAUAAAGAGUUAGACAUAAAAUGAUGCUUUUAAGAGUAACAAAAAGUCAACUUAAAAGAAAUAAAGUACUCCCAGAAGUAUAAAUAAAAAAUAAUAAAUUGUAAAAAAAAUAAUGA